AUGGCAUCCGGCCAAGCUCCUGGGUCCUCGGCACCCUCCUCCAAUAUCAACUCUCCGAUAUUACCUCCCAAUAGCGGGCCAUUGCUCAACACGCAGUUCUCGGACCUGAACCCAAGAUCAUCUCCAGCUCCGGGCAGUGUCGCAUCUCUCCAAGGUGACGGCCGCGCAAAGCGCAAUAAAAGGGACAGUCGCAAGAAAAGGGAGGCAAAGGGUCUGGACACCGAGAGUGCUCCCCCGACCAAAAAGCGCUCCACGGCUGCACCAAGCACCGCCCUCCCCAGUUCAAAGCUGCGAAUUCUCCGACCGUUGCUGCUGGCUGAGCCGAAUGCCACCGACAGAUACCCGCCACAGCCUCGCCAGCUCAACCACGUGAGCAGAAAAACCUCCGACGUACUGGGUCAGAGCUGGGACUUCUACGAGGUCGUGGACAAGCUCACCAACAAGAACGGAUUCCGCUACAGCUACGCCAUUGCCGACCCGGGCUUUUCCCACAUCAAGUAUCGACAGACAGAUGUUCGUCCCUACCAUGCCCGUUUCAGUUUUGAGGAUUCACCAGCCGCCAUUUCCUUCUCCGAAUCCGCGACUGCGGUGACCACCAGCGAUGCGUGGCAUACAGCUCGCGCGAAUGUCUGUGCACGAGAAGGCGCGUACUAUUACGAGGCCCGGAUCAUCAGCGGAAUAGUUACCGACCCCGAAAACCCACCUCAGAACGGCCGAUCAACAACCUCACCGCGCGGCCACGUCCGCAUCGGCUUCGCGCGCCGCGAAGCAGACCUAGAUGUCAACAUCGGAGUCGACUGCUACGGGUACGGCAUCCGCGACGUAAACGGCGAAGUCGUCAAUCGCAUGCGCUGCGAAUUCUUCUUCCCAAGAGGCGAAGCCAUAAAUGAAGGCGAUGUCAUCGGCAUGCUAAUCACUCUCCCGCCUCUAUCCCUCCACAAGAAGAUAGUCGAAGGAACAUACAACCCAGCAACGGACGACCCCAACAACCAAUCCUCACAACACUCAUACCCACCCACGGCAACGAACAUCAUCCGCGACCGAAUCCCCUUCCACUACAAAUCAGACUUCUGCUGGCAACAGUCAAACGUCUUCUCGACCAAACAUCUCCGCGACUAUGCAUUCAACCUUAAAGAAACACCCACCUUCGGCCGUCCAUCGCCCACAAACGCAGAAGACCCAACACUCCGUACACUCCCCGGGUCAAGCAUCACGAUCUUCAAAAAUGGAAAAGAAAUGGGAACCCCCUUCAAAGACCUCUUCGCCUUCCUCCCACCAGCUAGCCGCCUCGCAAACGGCACAAACAACCUCGGCAUCGGCGAACGUGAGAACGCCGACGAUGGAAUGAUAGGCUACUACCCAGCAGUAAGCUGCUACGGCGGUGGCGCAGUCGAAUGCAAAUUCGAGGGGCCGUGGUGGGUAGGUCCACCAUCUACAACAGAAUCUGGUACCACUAUCCGACCCAUGGGCGAACGCUUCAAUGAUCAGAUUGUCGAGGAUGUCCUCGCCGAUAUCGUCGAUGAAGUCGAGGCUAUGACUACCUGGGGUGGGAUUGAUGGCGAUAUCAUCGGGAACAAUAAUACUGCUGGAGAUGGCGUGCUUGAAGAGGGAUCUGCUUCUGGGGCCGUGGGUGGUACGGAGGUUUUGAAGGGUGGUGUUGGGGCGGCUAUUGAGUCUGUUUCUGUUAAUACGCCUGGUACGGCUGGUGCGUCUGAUUCCGCGGCUAAUAGUAAUCGCCAGACGCCUAUUGCUGGUGAUGUACCUGGCGUUGGUGAGGAUGGGGUUAGUGUUGGGACCGCUGGGACACCUUUGGCUGUUGAGAUUACGGGGGAUGCGGAGGGUGAUGGGGAUGGGGAUGUUGAGAUGAGUUGA